CAUAUCCUCUUCAUUCUCUAUCUCUUAAAUUCCUCAUUAAUGGCUACCAGAUUCAGGCACCAGUUCUCAAUAGUAUCUCCCCUCACAUUCUUCUGCUUCUUCCUCACGACAUUCUCUUUCACAGAAAACGAGGAACUUGGUCUUCUUCUCAGAUUCAAGGCCUCCAUUGAUGAUCCAAAGGGCUCUCUUUCAGGUUGGUCCAACACUUCUUCUUCUUCUUCUCACCACUGUAACUGGACUGGCAUCACAUGCACCAGAGCUCCUUCCCUUUUCGUCUCUUCCAUUAACCUCCAAAGUUUGAAUCUUUCUGGCGAAAUCUCUGACUCCGUUUGUGAUCUACCCUACUUGACUCACCUCGACCUCUCCCAAAACUUUUUCAAUCAGCCAAUCCCUCUUCAUUUGUCUCGCUGUCUUACGUUAGAGACUCUGAAUCUCAGCACUAAUCUCAUCUGGGGCACAAUCCCUGAUCAGAUUUCUGAGUUCAGUGCCUUGAAAGUCCUUGAUUUCAGCAGCAACCAUGUCGAGGGUAAGAUUCCAGAGGAUUUAGGGUUACUGUUCAAUCUUCAAGUUCUUAAUUUGGCAAGUAAUCUGCUCACCGGUGUCCUCCCUCCUGCAAUUGGCAAGCUAAGUGAGCUCGUCGUUCUUGAUUUGUCUGAAAACAGCUAUUUGGUGAGCGAGAUUCCUUCCUCUAUUGGGAAACUAGACAAGCUUGAACAGCUUCUGCUGCAUAGGUCAGGCUUCCAUGGAGAGAUCCCCACUUCCUUUGUGGGUUUGAAAAGUCUGAAAAUCUUGAAUCUUUGUCUCAACAACCUGACCGGCGAAGUCACUCGAUCCAUAGGGCCUUCUCUCAAGAGCUUGGUCUCUCUUGAUGUCUCACAGAACAAGAUAUCUGGCUCUUUCCCUAACGGCAUCUGCAGUGGCAAGAGGCUCAUUAAUCUUUCUCUUCAUUCGAAUUUCUUCCAAGGGCCAUUGCCUAACUCCAUUGGUGAAUGCCUUAGCCUGGAGAGGUUUCAAGUGCAGAACAAUGGAUUCUCUGGUGAGUUUCCAGUUGGGUUAUGGUCAUCACCGAGGAUUAAGAUUAUCAGAGUGGAUAACAAUCGGUUAACAGGUCAAGUGCCUGAUUCUGUGUCUUUGGCUUCUGCGUUAGAGCAAGUUGAGAUAGACAACAACUCCUUCUCUGGUGGAAUCCCUCAUGGUCUUGGACUGAUCAAGAACCUGUACAAGUUCUCUGCUUCAGAGAACGGGUUUGAUGGAGAGUUACCGCCGAGUUUCUGCGACUCACCUGUCCUUAGUAUUGUGAACAUCUCUCACAAUAGGCUCUCAGGGAAGAUCCCAGAGCUGAAGAAUUGCAAGAAGCUUGUCUCGUUGUCUCUGGCAGGCAACGCAUUUACCGGAGACAUCCCUCAGUCACUUGCUGAUUUACAUGUUCUGACUUAUCUUGAUCUAUCUGAUAAUAAACUCACCGGUUUGAUCCCUCAAGACUUUGAGAACCUGAAGCUCGCUCUCUUCAACGUGUCAUUCAAUCGGUUAUCAGGUGAGGUACCUCACUCUCUGGUCUCCGGUUUACCAGCUUCCUUUCUGCAAGGAAAUGCAGGGCUUUGUGGACCCGGUUUGCCUGAUUCCUGCUCCUCUGAUCGGUCCAGCUUCCAUAAAAUAGGACUUAAAGCUUUGUUGUUAGUUCUGAUAUGCUUAGCACUUGCUCUUGCCUCCUCCCUCGUCAUUUCAUAUCGGUAUUACCGAAAGAAAGUUCAGUUUAAGAGUACUUGGCAGUCGGAGUUUUAUCAUCCCCUGAGGCUAAGCGAGCAUGAGUUGAUGAAAGUGAUGAAUGAAACUUCUCCUUCCGGGAGUGAAGUAUACGUUCUCAGUUUGUCGAGUGGGGAGUUAAUCGCUGUGAGGAAGCUCGUGAACUCUAGGAAUGUAUCCUCAAAAGCUCUGAAAGCUGAAGUCAGAACCAUAGCGAAGAUACGGCAUAAGAACAUUACUCGGAUUCUUGGUUUUUGUUUCACAGACGAAUUCAUCUUCUUGAUCUAUGAGUUCACGCAAAAUGGUAGCUUACAUGAUAUGCUGUCGAGGCCUGGCAAUCAACUGCAGUGGAGCGUUAGGUUGAAGAUAGCACUAGGCGUUGCUCAAGCAUUGGCAUACAUUAGCAAAGAUUAUGUGCCACACUUACUCCAUAGGAACCUAAAGUCAACGAACAUUCUCUUGGACAAAGAUUUCGAACCGAAGCUCUCUGAUUUUGCUCUUGACCAAAUUGUUGGAGAAGUUGCUUUUCAGUCUCUGAUACACGCCAGCUCCUGCUCCUGCUAUACUGCGCCAGAAAACAACUUCAGCAAGAAAGCAACAGAAGAAAUGGAUGUUUACAGUUUUGGAGUUAUCCUACUAGAACUUGUAACGGGGCAAAGAGCAGAGAAAGCAGAAGGAGACGCAUCUGGAGAGUCACUUGACAUAGUGAAGCAGGUCAGAAGGAAGAUAAACCUGACAAAUGGUGCUGCUCAAGUUCUUGACCAAAAGAUCUUGUCCAGUUCUUGCCAAUCAGACAUGCUAAAGACCUUGGAUAUUGCUCUCAAUUGCAUUGCCGUUUCUGCAGAGAAGCGACCUUCACUGCUUCAAGUUAUCAAGGCGCUUGAGGGUAUAAGCUCCUCUGUUUCAGCUUCUACCGAGAAGCUUCCAGUUUCCACGUAA